AUGACAGACAUGUUCAGUCUGGAAGAACAAUUCCGUGGGAUUGUUCUUUCGUUGAAGGAAAUGAAUCCAACGUGGAUGGCAGCCAACAUUGCUGAUGAAAUACAGACUUAUGAAAAUCCACCUUCAUUGCAUCGUGGUGCAUUACGCAGAAAAAUAAAUUGGAUAUUACAACGAGGAAGAAUAGAAAACAGAUCAAGAUGCGGUGCACCACGAACCGUUCGAACGGAACAAUUGAAGAAAACAGUGAAACGGUUACUCCAUUUAAAAAAGGGGCAAAGUCAAAGAAAAGUGGUAUUUGAAUUACAACGACACAAGGUAAAAGAACAUCAGUGCAAAGAACAAUCAAGGAAUUAA